AGAACUGCUGCUGCUGGGGUCCUGAAACUCCCUCUCUCUCUCUCUCUCACUCUCUCUCUUUCCUCCUCCCAUCUCCUCCUCCUCCCAUCUCCUACUUUUGAAGGGGGGCGCAGCAGUGAAGUCACAGUGAUGUCAUUUUAGGAUGUGAGAGUCGGGCAAGGUGAGCUGGUUUUGCGGUGAGUGGUGUGUCCCCUCCACGGCCAGCAUUGCCUGAACAGAGGCGCGGAGCGGCGAAAGAUGAUCAUCGCCACCGGCACCAAAUCAAGCUCCGACGCGCUCCGUGCCUCUCCUCCUCUUCUUGCUGCUGCUGCUUCUCAUAUCUCGGGCUAUGGGGCCUUGAUUUGCCUUGAUCCCCAAAUCAGCCUGUACCACCACCAUGCCAAAGGACAAAACAUAAGAAGAGUUGCAUUUUUAGGGCAGGUAACUUUGACCACGUGCCCCAAAGGUAAACUGGAUGGCCAUUGCGCAAAGGUGCCUCUACAGCAUGUCCAGCGGGGCCAGGGCGCACUGGACGCUACCGGCAGUUCUUGUACUGUGGACUUCUCUCUGGGGGAUCGCUUCUUCUUAUCCGAUUCCGAGCAGGACUAAUGCGACUUUAUUGGAAAAGAAGUGGGAGACGCUUUUCUCGCGCUCCUAUCUGGGUAUAGCCGGGGGGAAAUCGGAGCUGAACUGGGAGAGUGACUAUUUGCAGGGCAUCAAAAGAGUGCGGCGACUGUACUGCAACGUGGGCAUUGGGUUUCACCUGCAGGUGCUCCCGGACGGCAGGAUAAGCGGAGCACACAAUGAGAACCAAUACAGUGAGUUUGCACCCGGACCCAGAAAAAGAGCGUAACCUUAUGCGCGCGUGCAUGGCUGUGAGAAAGUUAGCGCGGGUCACUUGUCCUGCAUGAUAUUUAAUAAGAGGUGUCGGCGUGGUUGAAAGUUUCCGAAAGCAAAAACAGUGUACUGAGCCUCGCAUCCGUGCAGUGCGAAAUAUCCUCCCAAGCCAAAAACAUGACAUGAAUGCUUGGACCCAGUUUAGACGCUCACUUAUUUUUACCCUGCAGUAGGACACACGCACACACAAACACACUCUUAGGACGCGGUAAACUGCACGAACAGGACAUCUGAAUGCUUCAACAGCACACACAUAAAGGUGUAUGUUCAGGGAAGAGCAUCAUCAUCCAGUCGCAAUGCACCUGCAGGGUUCCACCCAUCAGUGCUGCAGAGGCCACCUCUCUCUCCCUCUGUGUGACACCCUCCUAACUCUCUCUGUCUCUUUUAGGUCUCAUAGAGAUCUCCACCGUGGACCGAGGAGUCAUCAGCCUGUUCGGAGUGAGGAGUCAGCUGUUUGUCGCAAUGAACAGCAGGGGAAGGUUAUACGGAACGGUAGGUUUGUGCGCGCACACACACACUCACACACAUCCUGUUCAGUGUAAGAUGAGUUCAUGGAGCUGCUGCAUCCUGUGGGUUUAUGAGGACUGUUGUGUUUAUUAAUAUGCUCUGAUGAUAGGGGAGGGGGGGUCACAGGAGUCCCAAUGGAGAAUGUUUUAAUGUCAAAAUGUUCUGCUAAGAGGCAGCGCUUGAGUAGGGGAGACCAGGGCUUGUUGUCACACUUUUAACACUCAUAUAUUUCUUGCAAUCAAUACAUAAUAUAUAAACAAAAUGUAUACCAGAUGAAAGACCAAAGUCUUAGGUAUAUAUUUCGUAUUCAUGUCAUUUUCAUAUCUUGUGUCAGUGCAGAGUUAUAAGCAAUCAAACAAAGAGUGUGAACAUGUGACAUGUUGCCCCACCAUCGGGUAAGUUGUCUCACUACAUGGGGUAAGAUGUCACAGUGAAUUUUACAGCUAAUAAAACAAGGACAAAAUUAUUGCUGUUCUCAUUUUUUACAUGAAAGUGAACAUCAAAGUCAGGCACAUAAAGUGUUUAUCCUUGAGCUAGAAAAAGUCCUUGAACAUAGCCAUUGAACAGACGUUAACAUAAAAUAUUAUGUUUGGAGUUUAGAGAGCUGUCUGACUGUAUUUCAGCUGGGGUGAAUGUUUUGCAGUACUGAGCUUAAGUAUGGUAGUUGACAUUAAAGUCCUUUAUUGUAACUCCAGAUUGAUUAGCUUUCACCUCUCUUUUAAACCAGUUUUUUUCUAUAAAAGUAAAGUCAAAAUUUCUAUAUGACAACUGCUGAUAAACAGACUCUCUUUGUUAAUUUUAAUCCCUUUUAAAUAUCUGACAACUAACCCCAAACUGACUAAGACAUGUUGCCCCAAACUACCAUGUCUGCUAAUUCUAGCUCUAGCUUUAAGUUAGCUUAAAACAGAACGAUGUCUCCCCUACACUAUUUCAAGACGUGUGUAACUAAAACUCUAUUCAAGUACAUAGAAAUAAUCAUAUAAAUGUCAACAAAUAUAUAUAUUUAUAUUUAUUGAAGUAGAUCAGUAGACCAACAUUUCAACAAGUUAUUUGCGAUUUGGUAGAUUAAAGCUCCCUUGAGCAGAUUUCAGAUGGUUAUGAAACAGACUGAUAUUAAUGUGCAUACCUCUUUGUGACCUACAAAAACAAACUAGACCAUAAGAAGCAAAAUUUACUAUUUUUGUAUAGUUAUUUUUUAUGUCCAAAAUCAAUAGCAGGGGGUAGGUGUCGGACAAUUUAACGUUAAAAAUAAAGCAGGUUGAGAUUUUGUAGUCAGAUGAGCAUGUACAGGACAUGCUCAGUAAGUAGAUGAGGAACCACUUUGUCAACAGGGGGCGCCAAACAAUUAACCAAAAAAAACCCUCAUAGCAGCUUUAAUUUUCCAAAUGCAUCAUAUCUAGGUCAAAAUGCAAAGUCAUAAGUGACCCAGAUCACCCAUAAGUGACAGAGGAACAUGCUUAGAUCAGAGUCACAAAACCCAUCGGCUAGCUCAUAUUCAUUUUUUGCUGAUGGGUGGGUCUUUAACCAGUGUCAUUUUAAAUAAUUACCCACUGGUUUUACACAAACCAGACCAGUCAUAGUCCUGUAUUUAGAAUUGGGGCGGGUUCUCUAAGAUGACAACACAGGACCAUUACACUGCAGCCUUUUUGUGAAAAACCAAGAUGGCAGCAUCUGUCGUAGGGAGGUCUAUUGAAUCUGCAAGUGCUACUGUUUUAAAAUGAACUGGAUGAUUCAUUUUUUUUUCAUUAAAAUGAAGGACAAACAACUUAACUUACAGUGUUCAUUGGAAAGAAAGAUGUGUUUGCUGCAGUCCCUAUGGGUUUUACUGCUGCUCUGGUCUAUGUUGUGCUGCAUUUCUCUGAUUGGUUUUUGGUCCAAUUGCAUCUGGAAGGAUAUCUGGAUGAGGAAAUACAAUGAAUGGAUCCAGACCCUUUAUUCAGGGUGAAGAGGUCUGUGGACACUUGGCCAGGACACACUGAAAUCACAGUCCAAUGUUAGUAAUUCAGAAAACUACUUAAAAGCAGAGUAUUUCAGUCUUCAGAUAAUAAGGGACUUGAUGUUACAGCAGCUUAGAAACAGCAAUACAGACAAAAAGUAAAAAUGAAAUGCAUACUGCACAUAAACAAAACUGUAGCACUGUCUUAAGCAGCCAAAUCAGCUAAGUAUAUUUAAAGUACUGUGAUAUCUACUUGAAUAUAUUACAACUGAGUAAUUAUGAUGAGGGUUUGUCUUUAAAAUUCUUCAUGAUCUUUGUGGCAGGAAAAUAAAUUCACAUUGAACAUUAAAAAUCCAACCAUUAGUGACUUUCAUCAUUAAACCCACAAACUUUAAAUACAUAACUUUGAUUAUUUAUUCUAUUCACAAGUUUAACAGCAAUAAAAAAUCUGUGGACAUGUAAAUGUAAAUGUACAAAAAUUUAUUAUGUAAAAGACUUUAAAAAAACAAAGAUAUGCUUUCCCAAGGUGCUUUUAUCAGUUUUGUUCAAAAUAUGAAUCACUAAAAAAUUGGGUUUUUAAAGCUCCUGUAAAGAUUGUAUAGAACAGUUUUUGAAACACACUGCGCUGAAAAUUGAUGUAGGUGCCCCAUGUUAUGAAAGAGUGUGCUGUUUUGACAAUAUGCCGUUGAUUAUUUAGUCUGACAUCUGUCCCAGAGGCACAGUUUUAGCUAUUAUGUUAUAUACUUGUAUUGAAAUCAUCGGUCUUGUCUGUUUUUGUCUUGGCUUACUGUUAUAGCUUUAUCAAUAUUAAUUUAAUUCUUCUCAAACCCAACUAAAAAUCCUCACAGGGGCUGCAGUUUGUUUUGAUUUCAAAGUAAAAAAAUUAAGUUUUUGGUAAAGCUGUCUAUGAAACCUCAACACUUCUUGAUGAUACUAAAAAUCCCCAGUACUAGUAUAUUCUACAGUGUACAAGUUCUGAUUUAAAGCUCCUGUGAGAAGUUUUUAGACUAAAAAUUAAAAUAUGUUUUUAUAACCAACAAAAGCAAAAAAAACUAUGAGACAUUACAUUAAAAGUUUCUGUAAUUAUAAUUUUAAUGCCUUUAACUAUAUGAGGGGGUAGGUGUUUACCAGACAGUAAAGGAACAGUUCCACUUUUUGGCUGUUCAAAGAAAUCAGGAUAUCUUUGUAUCAGAAUAUAGUCCUUUCACCGACAGGACAAGAUCAGCAAAGGGAUAAUGCAUCACUUUGACCACAAGGGGUGCCAAAACUAACACAAACAGAAAGUUACUGAGAAGAGCUUUAAAUCCUAAUUUUUUCAGCUUAAAGCUCCUGUCAUCUUUUACAAGCUUAAAUUGUGACUUUUGACCUAAAAAAAUGUAGCCCUGCUGCCUUUUGUAUCAUUUCUUAUGCUAAUUUCAUGUGGAAACUGGAAAAACAGGCUCUUUCUUCAGCUGCAUGGCUGACACCUACCCCCACACACCAGUUUUAGGUAUAAAAAAUUCAGAUAUGACAAUCAUCAGUCUUGUUGCUUACGGUCUUGUUUGCUUUUGGAUACCAUGAAAAUUCAUCACUAAGAAUAUCAGUGUAUUACAUAAAGGUGAAAAAAACUCCUCACAGUAGCUUUAAGUUUGACUUGUAGAGUGAACAGUGAAAAAGUUUAGCUGUAACUGCUACGUAGAAGUAGAAUAUGUGUUAAUAUGUGUAAAUGAAGUACAGUGUGUCAAACUUUCAUAAGUUUUACUCAGUUGUAAUGCGUUUCUGUUUGCUAAUGCUAUGCAAACUGUGUCACAGUCCAUCAUAGUUUAUUUUAAUCAUUAGGGAUUAUCUGGGAGUUAAAGCAGGAGGCUGGUAUCUGCUUUGGAAAGGGGCAUUUCUUUUUGCAACAACAUGCCACCUCCUCCAGUUUCCCUCAAAGCAUGCUUUGUAGGCCGGCUGUCUGCCAAAGUAAAGGUCAGGCAGAAACCAUGCAUAUGUUGUGAUGAUCAUCCUGUGCUGUCAUGAGAUUUACUCACCCUCUCUCUGUGUCUCUCUUUCUUUAUGGGUUGUUUUUUAGAGAUUCUUUGUGGAUGAGUGCAAGUUCAAAGAGACUUUGCUGCCCAACAACUACAACGCCUAUGAGUCUUUUGUUUACAAGGGCUUCUAUAUCGCCCUCAGCAAGCAUGGCCGCGCAAAGAGAGGCAACAAGGCCACCACCGCCAUGACUGUCACACAUUUCCUCCCGCGGCUAUGAGAGAAACUGGCAAUAACUCACUAAUUUGCACAUGUGGAUGUUCUUCCAGGUAACACAGAAAUGCAAAGUCAUGAUACACACUUGGACGGACUGCGAGAGAAAACACAAAUAUUUAUUCUGUUUAUAUAUCUGUAUAUUUGGAUAGCUAACUUUGUACAUGUACCGUGCUGCUUAUUGUUUUUAUGGACGGGGAGAGCUGAAGCCUUUGCCUGUCUCACUUUACCUUGGUGCUUGCUGUAACCGAACGACGUGUCACUUCCUUUUUUGAGAUGAGGGAUGAGCUGUAUCCUGUGCUUUUAAAGAGUGAAAUGAAUACUUUUUAUUACCUCAAAGAACCACUUUACUAGAGUAAGGGAUGCAUGGACUUUCUGCUGAAAUAUCUGCUGAGUUUGUCGUUUCUUUCAAACCUUUUGAAAGCGCUUAACGGCCUCCUGCUUGAUAUCUGGCAGUGGGGGUAAAAACUUAAAUGCACUACCUUUGCUGCACGAUUUAAAGGUGCCUUGGUGUUCCCACUUGUGGCCCCCUUAAACUUGCAUGUAAGAGACACCCACUGGAGUCAGAAAUAGGGCUGACACUCCGCAGAGGGCCUCAGAGGAGGAGGGGGGUGUGGACUAUCUCUGGUUUAUUUUCUUUUCUGUAAUUAGAUCGAUUAAGUAAUAUACAAUCUGUGGUUGAGACCAGAGAGCGGUCGGCCAUGGAAGCUGGCACCAGGCCAUAAGUUUGACUAUGUGGCUAAUAAACAGGGUGGAAUAUUUAUCUAUGGAGCAAAGCAUGGAGAGCUUUUUUCUUUUUGGACCUGGCUUGCACAAGAAAUCGACCGAGAGGAUAGAUUUGCGAGCACACAGUAGAAACUGCACAUUGUCUUGAAAAAAGAGCUCCUACAGUAAAGUGGGCUGCUGUUUUUUAAAGCUUUCGCUGCUCUUCAACAUGAUGUCCAUGAAAAACGAUGUAAAUAGUCGCAAAUGUAAAAGAAGAAGAAUUCAGGAGCUUUUUUAUGCUGCUUUGUCGCAGUUGCCCGAAACGAGGCAAAAAGAGUUCAGGUUGCACAGUGAGCCAUCGAUGAUGGUGCCUACAUGUUUUGGUACAUAUCGUUCCCUUGCCAUUUUACCCCCUUUUUGAAGUCAACUUUGCGUGUUUGGUGGAGUUUGUGCCCUCCCUUGGGACACUUCUGCAGGCUGCUUGUGUGCUCUGCAGCAGCACUGCAGUGGCAGUGAGGUGUUGGGAGCCUGAGGCAGAUUUAAAUGCAAUUAUGGAUGAGUCAAUGGUGUGUCCUGAAGAAAUGAAGGACAGUGCAGGAGGUGGACAGGAUGCACACUGAGAAACGCCCUAAUUUUAGCUGAUUAUAGCUUUAGGUGCAAGGAUUUAAAUAAAGAAAAUGAGGGUUAAGAAAGCAUCUUUUUGAUAUAAAACAGGUUAUUGAGCUUAGAAUUGGUAUGCAAAGUAUUAGUUUGCCUAUAAAGGUGCCAAUGAACCCCACUUUGAAUGUUUAAUGCCAUCAGGUUAAAGUCUUGUUCCAUAUUCCAAAGAUGCUUUCUGCAAAGAGUUUCUGAUACUCUUCAAAGUGUGCCUCCCUCCACGUAGCUCCUGCAGCUGUUGACUUCAAAAACCUGAGUCUCACCCUCAUCCAUUCCUGCCUCCAGAGAGGAAGCAGGACUAUUUAAAUCCAGGAAAGAUGUAUGUGAGGGAGCCAGCCCCACCGUCUUUGUUGUUCGUCAGACCCCCUGCAGGAAUGUGGAUCUGCCAGGAUGACAGGCAGCCUCCCACAUACCUGAGUUUCCCCCCCUCCACCACCACACAUCCCUACCCAUCUCCUACCCCCUCCCUCACCCGCUGCGGGCAGGGACCUUGGGAUUCCGGCUGUAACCCGGGAGCUUCCUCCUCUCCUUUCAGCCUUUUUUAGUUCAAGGUCAGAGUCAUGGACCGGCCUUGGCCUCAACCCCGGUGGCUGUGGUUGUUGGCCGAACUGUUUCCAUGAAAUAGGAACUUAAAAUUUUUUUUUAUCGGAAUAAACUGCAAUUAUCCCCAUCAAAGUAGUGUAAAACAAACUUGUGACGAGCUUCUCUCCCCUUUAAAACUCAAUCUCUUCUUGAACAUCCAGCUCCACAACAUGCCGUCCCCUCCCCUUUCUAUGCACUAGUGUAGGGAUAUUUCUGGGGAGGGGACAUCUGCAGAGUUAAUGCAGUGUGUGAGGAGCAGAGUCACGCAGAGCCUCACCUGCUGCUGCUGCUGCUGCACUCCAGUCCUGCAGGAUGGCACCACAGCCAUCCUCUGGGGGCUGCUGCUGCCUCCACUGGACCCCAAACACUUUCUCACCACACCCUGACACAGUAUCACCUGCUGCUCAUUUGUCUUCAUGCACAAAUCAGCUUCUAUCAGUAUUUUUGUUUUAACGUUUAAUUUUUGUUUCAGGGAUACUUUAAUUUUGCUGAGAUGCAGGUUGUAUUUUUAUUUUUUAUUUUGGAGCUUAGCUCACACAAAGACUUGUUGCUGCCAUAGACAAGGCUGCAUGAAACACAACAGACAUACAUUUUGAGGGUGAAUAAAUCCCCUCAUUUUGGAUGGAACAGCACAUAAAAACCUUCACAUUUUCAGCUGAAAAAAGUGUGGAUGUGAAUGAGCUCUUCUCAUGCAACCUCGCAGUCAAGAUGUCUGAUGUCUUUAGCAGCACCUUAUUAGUGACAUCUUGUUCAUAAGCUUUAGGUUUUUUCUGUAAAGAAGAGCUGGAUCACUAAAAGAGUGAAGGUCCGUGUCUAAAACAAAAAGCUCACCUUUCAGCUUUGACCAAAAAAAAUCCUUAUUUUUAAUUUUCCACAGCUUAUCAUAGAUUAAAUCUGAAUUCAUUCAUGGUAAGGAGUAUGUUUUGAAAUAAUGUGUAAUGUAUUGGCAUGCCUGAGCCCUGAUCUUAACUCGGGGGGGAUGUGUGCUUCAUGUGUUUUUUUAAACUCCAGCUCUGAAUGGGAGUAAAGCUCUGCUCUAUUCCUCUCAUCUCUGUUCUCAUAUACCUCACCCUCUGCCUUAGUUUUGGUUUGCUGAUGACUGUAAAUUUAAGACGAAACAAACUUCAGUUCUUUGUUUCUGAAAAACAGACAAUGCUAAGUAAGGAUAUUAAAGUUUUUUCCUUUUAUUUUUGUACGUAUGUGCUGUGCACAGCAGUCUACUGUAUUCCUGAGAAAACAAUAAAAGUUUUUUUUUAAAA